ACCCACCAAACAGACGUCGUACCACUGAACCGAAGCCACAAAGGAGCGUGGAGGAGCAUCAAUCCAGCAGAGGAGGGGGAGCGAGCGAGGCGCAAUAAACGUGAGAAGUCGAAUCCAGCGAGCAGAUCAAAGCGAGCGAUAGCCCCCGAAGAAUUCCCCAUCGGGAGAGGCCGGGUCUCAACCUUCCGCGGCAAUGUUCAAGGCGCAGCUGAAUCAGCUGUGCCAGCAGCGGCGGUGGCCGGCGCCGGACUACACCCACCGGAGCGAGGGGCCGGCCCACUCGCUGAGGUUCCGCGCCACCGUCGCCGUCAACGGCGAAGUGUACCACUCGCCGGACGAGGGCGACGGGUUCAGCACGGCCAAGGAGGCCCAGAACCUCGCCGCCAAGGCCGCCUUCGAGCGCCUCUCCGCCCUCCCGCCCCCUCCCCCGCCGCAGUCCGAAACCCAACUUCCCUACAAGUCUCAGUUGCAAGUUUAUGCUCAGAAGAGACAUAAAGAUUUGCCUUCAUAUGACACCGUUCGAAGUGGUCCACCUCAUGCACCUCUGUUCAGGUCUACAGUAACCAUGGAUGGGCGCAAAUUUGAAAGUCCUCAAGACUAUCACACAACAAAGGAGGCAGAAUUUGCUGCUGCAAGAGUGGCUUUAAUGUCAUUGUGUCAAGAAGCAAACCCAUCAGAGCAAAUGCCGGCUGGAUCAGCUUCAUGUAUUUCUUUGCCUGGAAUCCAGAUUAAUCAUAAGCUUCAAUUGCAAAUGUAUGCUCAGAAGAGAGGAAAACAAUUGCCUUGGUAUGACCGUAUCCAGGAAGGUCCAUCUCAUGCACCUCUGUUCAAGUCAAUAGUGACCAUAGAUGGGCAAACAUUUGAAAGCCCACGGUAUUGUCAUACAAUUAAGGAGGCGGAAUAUGCUGCUGCAAAUCUUGCUCUGGUGUCCUUAGCUCAAGAAGUAAGCUCAGAGGAGCAAUUGCCGGUUCAAGGAAUGCAAUAUACAAAUCCCCGGCAUGAAUUAGCUGAGAAAGAAGGCUCUUCCUUGCCUAUCUAUAAUACUUCAUCAGAUAAUUUAGAAAAUUCCUCCAUCUCCAAAUCAACCGUGCACACUCAAGGCGAAAGUUUUCAGGAGGGACCUGGUAACACUAAGAAGCAAAAACAAAUGAUUGUUGCUGCUUUUCAACCUUCCAAAGACAUAGGGUCACAGAUGCAACAAGGAACCGAAACCCUCACUGAGCAAGAGGUCAAGACUGUAGAAUCUGAUUCUUCAUUUCCCCAAGUGUCAAUGGGAACAAGUGACGGGCAGAAUGACUCUAAUGCCAUUGAGCAUGAUUCUUGCUCUGUUGGCUCUCGUAUUGAUCUUCCUGUUGCUGACAAAACACAAUCUCUUGAUGAACCUAUCCAAUCUGGCAGUAUGGAAAAUGUUAAACAAGCUGCUCCAGAGCCAAGCAUCAAGGCUGAAGUAAUGGACUUGACACAAGAAUGCAGGUCACCCCCGUUAGUUUCAGUGCCACCAACUGAUAUGCUCAACCUUGUGGCAACAACAAGUACAGUGCCUGUUGCUUUACAAUCUCGUGUUGAAACUAUCCAGCCUGUCAAGAUGGAAAAUGAUAAACCAGCCAUUCCAGAGCCAAGCACCGAGGCUGAAGUAAUGGACGUUGCAGAACCAAGUGCUGAGGCUGAAGUAGACGUUCCAGAGCCAAGCAUCAAGGCUGAAGGAAUGGACGUUGCAGAACCAAGCGCUGAGGCUGAAGUAGACGUUCCAGAGCCAAGCAUCAAGGCUGAAGUAACGAACUCAACUCCAGAACACACAUCUCUCCCCUUGGGCUCAAUGCCACCAACCAAUACUUCCAACCUUGUGGCGAAAGCAACCGCAGUGCCUGUUGAUUCUGCCCGAUGCGGUUACUCGAUGUCAACUAACCGAGUCCAGAUCUACCCAUGCCGUCCUGACCUAAAAUUACCAGAGGGGGCUACCGUGCUUCCCUUUAGUGACGACAAGUGGGUGGCCGUGAGCCUACCUUUUCCUUGAACCCUGAAGGUGGUAGCACCGCGGCUAUAGGUCCAUAAGAGAUGGAGCCAGCCAAUGCACCUGUCAUGUUGUACGUUGUAGUUUCACCACGAGUUUAGUUCCACGCCCCUCUCGUGUUCUGCUAGUAAAGUUGGCGAAUCGUAUCCUCACUGCAACUCUAAUUAUUCUCCUGGGACAUCGUUAUAUUGAUGUAAGUUAUGCUAUCUAGCCGAUGGUACUGAGCUCGACCAUCUCACGGAACCUGAAUUUCUGUUGUUACCAAGUUGUCACUUUUAAUUUAGAAGACUACGAACUUUAUUGGGACCA